ACCAGACAACCAUCUUCCGAUCCCAUUAGGCAGUUAAUCAUAAACUCACUCUUCCCUGAGGCGACUGAAGAUCCUUCGCAAGCGAGCGAGUCGUUGAUCAUUCACUUGAAAGUAUCAGAGGAUUCUACAGGAACAGGGCCAUCUCCCAUAAACGAACGGCCAGGUACUCUUGGCAAAAAAGGGGCUUCCAAAGUAGAGAAAAAAUCUAGAUAUUUAUUAGUCUCAAUACGGAAAAAUAGCAAAAUACGCCUUCACAAGUCAAAAAAAAAUGCAAAUAAUACAUUUUCAAUCGGUAGAACAUGGCCAUUGGAAGAUAUUAAGUGUGUAGAGAUCGUUGAUUCUUUCUCAUUUAUUGUAACAAUAAACAAACCAUAUCAAUGGACGGCUGAUAAUCAACGCGAAAAGAACUUAUUUUUGGCUACUCUUUUGAAGGUUUAUAAGAAAUACAUCAAACGUCUUCCAAGACUAAUUAACUUUGACGAUAGUUCUAUUUCAGAAACGAAGGUACAGCCUGCUUUUGGAUCCCAAAUUGAUACUGAGAGUCCAUUGCAAGGGCAUUUGGCCGAUGCUAACAAAUCGACUUCAAGUUUGAAAAGUCUUGAUCAAAAAAAUGACCGAACUUUACAAUUAGGUAGUCCUAACGGCAUGGUGCAAUACAAUGCUGAAGAUGAUGAAGAUGUCAAACAAGAAGAGAUAUCAUUAAUAAAUGUUUCCGAGUUACUUAAUGAUUUCGACUGGAAAGGGAGUGGUAAUGCUGCUGCUUUAGAAGAGAGGUUAUUGAAUGAGCUUGCUGCAUUAGAAGCCGCCAAUAUUCAUGCCAUGGUGGAAUCGGAUGAUAGGGUUAAUUCGGUCAUUGAACAAAUUGAAAAAGCAAUUAAUGAGUUGGAUAAUAUGGAUUCAUGGCUUUCUAUAUAUACUGCCGAAUUAAAUUCUAUGGGAGAUGAAGAUAUACAUCACAUUGAAUCUCAAAACCGAGGUCUACAAGUUCAAACUGCUAAUCAAAAAGCCCUGCUGUCUGAGCUUGAUCGACUUAUACAAACAAUCAGUAUUCCUGACCAUGUGAUUAAAAUACUCCGUCAAGAAUCGAUGGACACUCCUCAAGGAGUUCAGAACAUUGAACAAGCAGCUGAGCAAUUAAAACUUGCAAUCAAAACACCGUUUGAUAAAUCUUUACAAGAGAUGAAAGCUAUACAAGAAAAAAUAGAAUCAUAUAAAUAUCAUGCUAAAAAUUUCUGUUCUCGGUUUUGUGAAUAUAUGCGUAUGAUGUUCCAGUACCAAGCAGAAACUUUAAUGAAUGACAAGAGUAGAGGGCCACGACAUAAUAGUUUAACCAUUCAAAGUCACGAUUAUAUUACAAUGAAUUUGUCUAAAUAUCGUACUUUGUCAUUGUGGGUGAAAGAAAUGGAUCCUAAUCGACAUUUAGAAGUUCAAUCGUUUUAUGUUUCUGCCAAGGAGACAAUUUAUAAAAAGGAGACUAAAGAAUACCUUCAACAGAUGAGACUUCUUUUAUCUAAGAGGGAGUUGGCUGAGGAAGCUAACUACGUUUUUAGUGCGGCAAAUGCGUAUAGUAAUCGGAGUAGUUUGUUUUCAUUUGAUAGUACCAAACAAGCAUUUGAAUUUAAAGAUAGUAGUAAUGGAAAAAUUCCACUUGAAGAGUCAUUCAAUCAUUGUCUUCGGACUAUUGUUCCAUUGAUUGUUAAUGAACAAAAGUUCAUGUCUGAUUUUUUUCACCUUACCAAAAAAGAUUCAAAAUUAUCAUACGAUUCAGAAGUGUUUCUUAAGGAUUUGGAUGAUGAUGAAAGUGAAAUUAUGCAUAAAAAGCUUCUACUCGAGCACAUGGAAAAACUAUUCAAUUUUAUCCCAGACGAAUUAUGCGUAUUUAUUGAUUAUGGAUGCAAGCUUGACGCAGCCCAAAUAGUAGGAAUUAUUGUAUCUAUUGAAAAACUCAUGAAUGAAGAUGAAAGACUUGACUACAAUUAU